CAUCGAUUAUUCGGCUCACAGUAUCUGUCGCGGUAGCACGCGCUCUUUUUAUAUUUAGAUUUGCCGCCCGAAACGAUCGCGACGCCGGGAAAUGUUAAAUUAUUGCGAGACAUCAUUCUAUAAUAGUCGGUCGGGACGUGUGCGCGUGUGUCUUUAUAUAAUUUGUUGUGUUUAGUGAGCGUCGCGAAGGCACGCGUUCGCGAGUGAUGACCAGUUAAGGGCGCGGGCGGGCCUGCGGCGAGAUGGGGAACUCUUGCAGUUCGGGCCAGGCUCACAAGGACAAGGAUAAUAUCUCGCAGCAUUCCGAGGAGUACACGUUGACGACAAAAGAGAAUGACAGAUCGAAUUGCUGCUCGCGGAGGUCGCCCUCGUAUCGCGUGACGAAACCGUCGGUGGACGCGACCGCCGAGCCGCCUCCCCAGCCGGAGCAGCAUCUGUUGGAGCCCACGCCCUCAGUCCGAGACACGAAGCCGCAGUUCAAAGGACCGCGUCCGACAGGAUGCAGUGUUUCAGAUUCUAUAUCGCUAUCUUCGCCGGUGGCAUGCGCGUCCCCAAAAGAGGACGUGGAGGGUCCACCGAUGCCGGCCAAUGUCGCCACUCUGCCCGAAGAACACAGGUCCUGCCUCAUGGGGAGAGUGGCUGGACAGCGACCCCGGAGGCGACGGGCAAUGCUCAUCUACGUGUGCGCUGCUGACUCCCAAGAUUGCUGUGCGGAGAAGGGCGCUCUGCAGUGCGGUGCCGCUGCUAGACUCCGGGUGAGGGCCCGCAAGAGAGGAUGGAGAGUCCACGUGGCAGAUCUCCACUGGCGCUCGCCUCUGGAACAGCAGAGAGACCAUCGGUUCCCGGUGCUAUGCAUAACUGAACUUACGCGUCAAUCAGAGUUAGGCGCUGUGGUCCCCGUGCUAUUCCUCAACUCAGGGCUGGGCACGCCGCUGCUGCCCCACACACUGGAGUGCGCAGACUUCAAGGCCGCCCUGGAGGCAGCUGAUGACGAAAACGACAAGGCACUGCUGAACAAAUGGUAUACGCUGGACUGCAGCACCACGCCGCCGUGCUACCGCCUGGUACGAGGGGCUCCGGCGCGCUGGAGGCGGGAGAUGGCGCGGACCCUCAACGUCCUCGUCCGGACCUUACCUCAAGAAGCGUGCGACGCCUACUUAACCACCGUGGUUGAACAGGAGGUGCAGCACACAGUGGUGAUGAGCGUGGAGGCGGCGCGGCGCUGCGUGUGGGUGUGCCGGGCGGGGGGCGCGGGCGGAGGCGGGGUGGGGGCAGGGGUGGGGGGCGAGCCCGACGACGCCGCGCAGAUCCACGAGCUGCAGCGCAGACUCGCCAACUUGCAGAAAGAGUUAAAGGUCCAUCUAAGCGAGCGUAACAUCAUCCGAGCGAGCGUUCGCGGCCGUUCGGCGGCGAGCGGCGACGACGAGUACGCGGAGGGCGUGCGCGCGGCGCUCGUGGAGCGGCUGGAGGCGCUGCUGGACGCGCUGGUCUCCGAGCACGACGCGCCCCCGGGAUACAACGGGAUACCCACCAGCUUGUUAGACGAAAUCAAUGAACACCUUAUAUUCUGUCAGAAGUCGGCGCAAUGUACUUCAAAUAGGGAGAUCACGCUGAACGAACUUAAAACAUAUAUAACGGGAGACAGCAACGUGCCUCUGGCGCUGAUAGGCGGCGCCGGCUGCGGUAAGGCGACCCUGGUGGCCCGCGCCGUCACCAUGGCGCCGACCUGCCAACAAGACCUCGCUGUUAUCAUAAGAUUUGUGGGUCUGACGUCCCAGUCCAGCAGCUCUCAUCAGCUCCUCAAGUCCAUAGUCGACCAGUGCCAUGUCCUCAACACGGGCACGGUGUACAGAGGACGCAAUGACGUGGCCUCGUUGUCCACUCUCCUCCCGACCCUGCUGACGUCGCUGGGUCGGAGACGGCCGGUGCUGCUGGCCAUUGUAGGGGCGGACGCCCUGAGGGCCGCCCGGUGGCUUCCCGAACGAUUGCCUGAUAACGUUAAGAUGAUCGUCACUGUUACUGAAGAAAAAGAUGAACCGUCGAGUUCAGCUAUCAUGGCUGUUCUAUCGUCGGAGGACGGGCCCAAGGUGCUGAGGGCGCCGCCGGUGGGAGCUGAAGAAGCGAAAGCGGUGCUGACGGCGUGCGCCGCCACGUACAGCAAGACCGGGGCCGCCUCUCCGCCGGAGGCAGCCGUCAAGGCUGUGCAAAAAUGCACCUUACCUCUAUACGCGAAGAUCCUGGCUUGGCAGAUAUCCUUAUCGGCGGAAACGUUCACCGAACAAGAACCGGACGCGACUCCCGAGCUGGUCAUCUGCGAGGACCUGGAGGGACAGUUGGUGCAGAUCUUGGUGGCGACUGAGGCGGCGCUGGGUGCCGAGCGAGUGAAGAACUGCCUCGCUCUGCUGACGGCCUCCAGGCGGGGCUUGGACGACACCGAGAUCUUGGACAUGUUGGCGCAUGACGAAUUGUUCAGAAGCCAUGAAACUUAUUUGCCGUGGGCGCCGGCGUCCCUGUUCUGGCCGCAGCUGGCGGCGCUGCUGGCGCCGUGGGUGCGGUGGGACGCGCGGGGGGCGGCGCGCUGGCGGGACGCCGCGCUGGCCGGCGCCGCCCGGGACCGCUACCUGGCCGACGCCGAACACGACGUCAGGAGGACCCUCGUCGAGUACUACGAGGGCGUGUGGUACUCCGAAAACGACCCGAAGAUGGCGGGGCGGCUCGUCUCCCAAGAGAACAAAUUUUCAGAUGAAUGCUACAACACAAGAAAACUGGACGAGCUUCCGUUCCAGCACUACCACCUGUACCGCGAGGCGCCGGAAGUGUUCGCCGAGCAGCCUUACUUCACCCAGCUGGACUGGAUCCGCGACAAGGUCGCCGCCGCCGACUGCGCCCACUUCCUCGAGGACCUCGCGCUGGUCCACAUCGAGCCGCUGCCGGAACACAUCGAGAUACUGAAAGAUCUGUUCGAGACCCACUGCUACGCUCUCGAUUACGACCAUAGACAAUUUUACAGUUUACUCCGAGUGACCAUAGAGAAGAGACGGCGGGAAGGCGUGGAGAUUAAAUCGAAAAUUGUCGAGAACUGGUUGGCGGAGAUAUACGAUCCGCCGAUACCUAGUUUUUACCCGAUGAACGAGGAUUACUGGAGGGUCGAAGGGAAAAAGAGGGAAAUGUCUAUGGUCGAAGGGUUCGAUAGCAAAACCUUUGAUUUGAUCGUGAGGUUUGACUGCAGGGGGAAGUACGUGGCUACCGUCUCCACGGAGCGAGAGGAGAUCUGCGUUUGGGAUGUAUCGAAAUGUCAACUGGUGAGGAAAAUAGUGGGCGUGACGCACCCCAUCAAUUUGGUGCCCAUUGAUGAGUACAGAUGCGUAGUGCUGUGUCGACGGGAGCUCAGAGUGUAUAACCUCGACCAGGGCACUUUCUUGGUGGCGUUGAAGGGUGUAAUGAACCAGAAGAUGCCCUACUACGGUCUCCACGACAGCACCCACCUCGUUGCCCUCUCCCGGAAUCGGAUGUACGUGAACCUAAUGAACAUCGAGACCGGUGAUUGCGUAACGACGUUCAAGGCUGGCGAGGACAGGUUCCUGAACUCGUUACUCGUGUCCGGGGACGGAAGGGUGCUGGUGUGCGGAGACGAGACCCAGAAGCCGUUCCCGCUGCUGGUCUGGUCGCUCACGUCAAGGAAGCUGCUUUACGACCUUCGGAUCCCGCAUCACGACUUCGUCACGUCCAAAGCUGCUAUUACUUACGAAGGGUCCUACGUGUGCGUCGUGUCUCGUGAGCUGGACGAGCCCAGCCCAAACUUCAUAGUGGUGUACGACCUGCAGUCCGGCACGCUGUUCAAGAAGUGGAAGCCGGGCUGCGACACCGUGGCGCUGGCCAUCAGCUCGGCCGACGGCUGCGUCGUCUCCGGCCUGGCCGACACGAGGAUACUCGUUUGGGAUUUAGUGACCGGCAACUGCCGCGUGACUCUCCGCGGACACGUGUCGGCUCCGUCCCGGCUGCGGCUGGCGCGCGCGGGCGGUGUGCUGCUGUCCCAGGACGAUACCUGCCGCGACCUGUCCGUGCGGCUGUGGGACCUGCACACGGGCAAGCUGAUAGCGGUGUACACGCCCCCCGAGAGGAUAACGUCCUGCGAGGUGCUCCUCGGGGGCUCGGUGCUCGCCGUGGCGCUGGAGAACUGUCGGGACAUCCUCUGCGUUCAACUGCACGGGCCCCCGGGCGACGCGGUGGCCGCCGGCCGGGACCUCGAGCACGACGACGGACCCUACGGGGACCCCGCACUGCAAGGGAGGACCUUAGACGUGAAGGCCGCCGAAACGUCAUAGCAGGGCAGGCGGUUCAGCCUGUGGGGGAAAACUUGAAACUAACCCCCCAACCCCCCUCCCGGCUUGCGGUGACGUCUGGCGUUCCAGAAGCCAACUGCAGAUUUAAGAACAAGCCAGAAGUACCAUUUGUCGUAUGCAAAUCUGUCUUAUGUAUUUUAUGAGAAACGUUAACUAUACUGAGACCUUAGAACUUAUAUCUCAAGGUGGGUGGCGCGUUUACGUUGUAGAUGUCCAUGGGCGCUCCAGUAACCACUUAACGCCAGGUGGGCUGUGACCUCGUCCACCCAUCUAAACUAUUUACGUUACUCGCAGCUAGUAAUGCGAACAGCCAUACAUCAAGGCAAACAUUUGGAAUCAACAAUAAAAUAAAAUAAAAAAAACAAUCGAUUUGACUGUGGCUUGUCGCCCAUUGGAAAUGACGAAAUAAAUAAAGAUUUAAAAAAAAAUUGGAAAGAAAAGAAGAAAAAAAAAACAUUAAUGUUUUGAUCUAAUACGCUUAUUACAUUUUUAAAAAUAUUAAUAUUAAUAAUAAUAAUGAUAAUGAUGACGAUGAUGAUGAUGAUGAUGAAUAUUGUAUUUAGUGAAUUCCCUAUCCGUGAUGUUGAUGUUAGAGAACAUUCUUGUGGUGAAUUUUAGAUUGUAAGAUUAAUUUGACAUUUUUUCAUUUGCUUUCGUCUUUCGUUUUCGUUGUAAAAUUGUCGUCUCUGCCGCGACGGUUUUUGUAUGUUGGCAAUAAAUGUCACAUCCCCUACCACUAUGAAGGGUAGAGCUAAGAAGUAAAGAUGAGGCGUAUUUACGCUACCAGAUUUUAAAACCAGGUUUUCACUUCGAAGUAUAGCGCCCUGGUACGGGCAAAAAAUACUUACAAGCAUGAAAGUUUAUGUUCUGAAGUCGGAAGCUCAAAAAACUUGAACACUCACACGGAAAUACUGCAUAGGAAAAUGAUUCAUAUCUAAUUAGGAAUAAAAAACACAAUCGGAUUCGUGAAUAAAAAAAAAAAAUGUGUGCGUGUACUAGUGUACACACGUAAGAAGUGAAACUUGUUUAUGGCCUUAUUUUUCGAAAAAUGAUCUACAUGCAACUUUCUAGAAAUUGGUUAAAUAAAGUUAAAUUAGAUAAAGUUUAAACAAAAGGAUUUUAUUAUCAUAGACAUGAAUACAAAAAAGUUAAAUUAGAUAAAGUUUAAACAAAAGGAUUUUAUUAUCAUAGACAUGAAUACAAAACAGAUGGCGCGUAACGGAAAAAUGUGACGCGUAACCGAAAAAUGUGACGGUAAAUUUUUUUCCAACGCCGAUAAAGAAGUUUCACUUCAAAAAAAUAUCGAUAGAUAUCGAAUAUAUCGAUUUUUGCUCCUUAUUCGUCAUGGAAUACGGGAUGAAUUCCUAUGCAAAUUUGAACACCGCUGCGGCAUCUCAAACAGUACGUAUACUUUCGAGUAUUUUUAAAACCUGGUAUUUUUCCGUACUUGUACUAAUUAUUAAAUUUUGCAUGUAUAUCUCAUCGCUACUAAGGAGGACUGUCUUGUCUAAAAGACAAGUUGACAAAGUGUCCGACUGUAUAGUAAGCGGCACGUAAGCUGGCAAGGUUUUGGUGUAGUGGGGGUAAUGUCGCGCAUAGUGUACAUUACAACAAAAAAAUGGUCACUUUUAUUGCCCACAUAUAAAUCUAUUUUAUUUUAUUAAAUUUUUUACUUGCCAUAAUUUAUUUUUAAGCCUCUGUGCUUAGAAAAAAGUUAAAGAAAAGAGAGGAAUUCGUGAAGUGUAUUAGGUAUUAUAAAUAAAAUACCUAAAAGUUAAGAAGUUUAUUUAAAAAAAUAUACUUAAUAUUAAAAAUUAUGUGUCGCCGUCGUCACUAUCAUUUUCUAAUAGUGCUACCCCUUGGAUUAAAUUUAUGGUAGCACCUGAGCUGGUGGAAGGAGUUGGCUCCUCAUCGUCGACAUAACGAAGAGUCGCUGUCGUCACUGGCGUAAAUAAUAAAACGUUCAGUGACUGAAUCGACUAUAUGGUCUUUGGUAUUUGGUCCUGGCAUUGCAAACAAACUUAAAGCAAUAACACUCGUAACAAAAACUAAAUUUAAAACAAUAAUAACAAAAACUCAAUAUAAACAAGGGGUUCCUACAACUUUAGUAGGCGCAUGUGUAACCGGGAGCGAACGGAACGUGGACGCGGUGCGGAAGGGGAGGGUCGACUGACUCACCAAUCGCGCGCUCGGAACGGUACUACGUCUUUCCCCGCGUCCCGCUUGACAACCAAAGAGACCUAAAAACGAUUCCUGCGCAUCUAGCGACCCUUGCCAAGUUACGUGCCGGCGACUAUAAACAGCAAGUUAUUGUUGGAAGACUCACCGAAAUAGCGCUAGUGUAGGUAUUUGUUAACCAAACUAAAUAAAACAGUUAUCGGCCAUACUACAAUACGUUACUUACGUUCGAUGCCUCCAAUGAACACUACGCUAACUCCAAAUUCGUAGAUUUACAGGAGGAGCGUUUAAACGAAAAAAGUUGAUAAAAUCUUUAUUAGUGCAGAUAUAUUUAUGGUUUUUUGUGUAGCUAGCUGAUUUACUCUUGCUUCGAACCCCAUCAAUAAUGAUUAAUUGUAAUACUUUUAACAUAGUGAAGCGAUUUGCGUAAAAACGAAAAUUUCAAAAUUUUGUUGUAGAGUAGUGUUCAUUGGAGGCAUCGAUAGUAUGUUUAAUAUAAAAUACGUUCCAAGUAUCCCGUCUUAUAGCAAAGGAGGCAUCCCGCUUUCUCUUCUGCUGAUAUUCGACUAAGUCGUAUUGGUAUGAAAAAAAUCGUAUAAUUAUGUCCUGGAUCAUCAUUGCUGUCCUGCUAAGGCAGGACAGCAAUGAUGAUUGAAUUCUUAAAUCGCCAGCACUCCUUUGUAUUCCUCUACUCUUCCUUGUGCUUUUUAAACAGACGCGAAGAUAACGUAAUUACGUAAUGUAUUCAAAUAAUAUAGUAGUACCGUUCGCGUAUAUUAAUGAAAUUGCCAACGUUUUUUUUUUCCUACCUACGCUGAUAGCCUUGAGAGGCUACUUCAGCGGAACCUUAACUAGUAGGUGAGCUCACGGGGCUCAAACCUGACGACGUUGCUAACACGAACCCUGGCAAGAGCCGUGCUUCGCAGAAUGUACCACCGGAUCGGAAACGCGACCCACUGAGAAGAUCCGGCGAGAAACUCAGUGGGCUGUGUCUGAGGGUUAAUUUACUCGUCGAGCCCUUCGCCGCAAGCGACGGGUUCGAUGAGAACAGUGACCGGUGCUUGAAGUACCUAAAAGCACCGUUAGUGGAUCGGGAGGAGGAAAAUACUAUAAAUUCUCAUAAUCAAUCUCUAGAAUUCUCUUUUUUUUUGUUCAAGUCGUGGCAGAGACGCAAUAAUUCGACUGCACAAAUUUUUGAUCUUAAUCUAUCUUGUUAAAACUAUUUUCCUUCCGUUUCAAGACUAAUUAAAGAAAUUGCACAAUUUUUAUGUACAGGGUGAGUUUUACUGUCGACUGGUGCAAUAGCAUGGGCAAAACUUAAUCCAUGGGUACUGUUGCAGAAAAACUAUGCCAAAAACAGUUUUUGCAAAUUUAACUUUCGAAUUUUGCUAUUGACGCACCGUUGGAAUACUCACGCUGUAUAUUUUUGUUAUUUUUUUAUUUUCGCUUAUUCUCUAAAGCUAUUAAGCUUUCGACCAAAGCAAUCUAAUGUAAUCUAGCUGUAAUCUUAAUUUUAAUGUGAAAAGUCAUUUUUGACAUUUGAAAUUCAUUUUGGCGGGAAAUCCUUAAAAUGCACAUCGAUCCUGAGCCGUUAAAAAUCUAAAGGUAAUUUUUUUUUUUAUUAUAUUCCGAAAUUUAUAUGUAUCAAACAUGCUAUUCAUAAAACUUAUCACUUUCAAUUUCUAAUAGGUAUCUAACAGAUUAUAAUCGAUUCCUAAAUAUAAAAAGAAUUAAAGAUGGCCGUUUGACAAUUGACAAAAUGAAUUUUCACAUUAAACAACUAAUCUUAACUUUAAUCUAACGAGUGAACUGAUACUUACGUCUUCAAUAUAAUUUGAUAAAUUCGCUUCCAUCAUUUUUAAAUGUUAAAAUUUAAUUAAGGUGUUAAUUGUUGAAUUGCCUCGGCAUUACACUAUAUUUAGAAUCUUCUGGUCACAGAUUAUAUAGUAUCUUAUAUACACAAUGCCUGGUGCAAAUGUGCAGCUCCGUAGGUUACUGAAAAAAAAAUAUAGAUUAUAAUAAUACAUUUUGAUCAACAAACAAACUCCUCGAUCUUUAAAAUGUCCCAUUCUUUAUCCAAUAAUCGUAAAGUUGAACGUAUGUAAAAAAACCUACUCAAAUAUUAAAUAUCCGUGCUCAUGGAAGUAAUAAUGUUGAUAAUCAAAAUCAAUUGGUAUUUCUUACCCGACUAUAGUUAAAAUCCGUCCCUAUAAAAUGUUUCUCAUAUAUUUGCAACGAGAAAUUCAUCCACCGGUAAUAUGUAAAACUCAAUCAUCAGUAAUAACUUCAUGUUCGCUGCUGUUAUAAAAGAUUACCUGUUAUUUUAAGAUUUUUGUGGGCAUUUGCUUGUCGCAGUAAUCUACGGAACUAAUAUGGAAAUAAUAAUUACAUACCUUAGUUAUUAAGUUAUGCAAAGGGACAUACUGUAGAAUUCCAUAUCAAAACGGUAUUAAAAUUAAAACAAAACCGUAUGCUCAAUACAUAAAUAUUUUAUUAUAAAAAUAAAUUUUGCUUUCAUUAAAAAUCAAUUUUAAAAUAAUACUUAAUGUUGUAAUACAAAGUUUAUUUUAAAUGAUUAAUUCGAAUUGAUAUGAUUAGAAAUAAAUGUCCCUUUGCACUAAUAAUUUAUUUAUGUGCUUUUCAAAUUAUUCCCGCGCCGAUUUAAAGUUGAAAAAUCAGCUUUUCUCACCUAUGUUUUGGUAAGUAUGUACGACGCGAAGAAGUAACCUACAAUAAGUUUGGCUCUGAGAAAAUCGUUGCCGAAGUUAAGUGGAAAAAAAGUGAAAAAUAUCCCGCCAAAUUCGUAAUUAAGAAAUUUUCUUGUGAUUUUCAGAUUGAGCCUCGUAAUACAGAAAAGAUAUGUCAAUGAUAAAAUACUUACUUUAAAAAAAAAAUUAACUAAAAAAAUUAGUUUAUUCAUGAAAUUAUUCCACAGCUAGAAGUAAGCAACAAAUAAAUGAAAGUUAACCAUAUAUAGUUAACUAGCGACCCGCCCUCGCUUCGCUUCGGAAACAUUAAAUUUUAUUAUUGAUAGGCGAGUCCCGCCAUGUUGCGCGCGGUACGACAAUAAGUCCGGGUGACGCCGCGGGGCGAAGCUAGUCUAAAAAAGUAGCCUAAGUUACUCCUUAUAUCAUCAGUUACCUAUUAGUGAAAGUCUAAGACAUAUGUAAAAUUUAGUUUGAACAGCUCUAAUACUAUUCUCUAUAUAUAAAAAUGAAUUGCUUUUCGUUAGUCUCGCUAAAACUCGAGAACGGCUGAACCGAUUUGGCUAAUUUUGGUCUUGAAUUAUUUGUGGAAGUCCAGAGAAGGUUUAAAAGGUUAGAUAAAUAUGAAAAUGCUCGGAAUAAAAUAAAAAUAACAAUUUUGUUUUUCCCGUCGAACGGAUUCCUUUUGUUUGUUUUAAGUUUACUCUAUACAAAAGCUUAGGUCUUUUAUUUAUCGAUUGAGGCACUACGAAGUCUGCCGGGUCAGCUAGUAAAUAAUAAAUUUGCUUUUGUUUUUAUUAUAUCACUUAACGAAUCUCUUCAGAAUCCCCAUUAAUACACUGUAUAAAAUCCUCAAGUUGCGCACUAUAUCUAUCUACACUAAAAGACAAAGGGAAUAAUUCGAAAACGCACUUAAUGUUGCUAAAUUUGAACUUUUUUUUAGCGUAGUAUAAUUUGUAGCAAACACAGGCUGGUACCUGUAUUUUCUGAUAUUAUGUAUGUUUAUAGAUGUAAGUUGUAAGUCAUUACGUUCAACGCAGUCAGUAACAUAUUUUUUCACUUCCGGGUACAUUUUUUUUGCUAAUGAAUAACCAAACACAAGCUCACAGCGUAUUUGAUAUUAAUGUUAAUCAUAUCUUGACGUCCACGGGCAUAUAAAUACCAGGGUUAAACUCUAAAUAAAUAUUCUUUCAGUUCAAAUUUCUCAGUUCCUUAGAACCAAAUCACUAAUCAUAUCAAGCUAUUGAGAUUUGCAAUUAUUUCUAAUCUACAUAGGUAAAUUAAGAAAAUAAUUUUCCUUAAACUAACUGUUAUGAUAUUUAUGAUAAACAAGCAUAUUCCGUAACGAAAAAAAUACAAUAAGCAAAACUAUUACAUUAUCAAAUCCAGAAAGAUGUUAUAAUUUGGACGUAUGUUACUGACCACGCGGGACGGUUUGAAUAAGUAGUGAUCAAUAAAAAAAGGAAAUAUUCGGAAAAAAAAGUAAAAUCAUGAAGUGUAUUGUAAUCCAACAGAAUUGUUAAUACUACUUAUGUAUUCUGGAAAGUUACGUAUUAAUUUAUGUCCCGAUUAAAAUUAUUGGAAAUAAUAA